AACCAAACACGCUGCCCUCAGCCAGCGUCGCGUUUGCAUGGGUGACAAAUUACCGAGCUAUCCCCGAGAUCGCGGCACGGGGCGAAGCUCCUUCUCAACCGAGCAUGGAUCGGCGCGACGGGGCGGGCAAUCGGGGCCGGAGCUACGCGCGCGGCAACGCCCGAGGCCGAGGAUGGCCGGGCCGGUGUGAAGACCGCGGCCGCCCCUCCACACAACCUCCUCCCUCCACGGCCCCCGCCGCCGCGGUCAUCCCCAGCGACGCCCAGCCGAUCGUGGGCACCUGUCCCGACAUGUGCCCGGCUACAGAGAGAGCGCAGAGGGAGCGGCUCCGAGAUCUGGCCGUGUUUGAGCGUGUGAGCAGCGACCCCAUGCGCACGUCCCAUUCCCUCGCCGUCAAGAAGUUUUGCAGAACUAUCUCCUCUACCGGCACACAGGCAUCAGAUAUACGCCCUCUUCCAGUCUUACGAGAAACGAUGGAUUAUCUUUUGCAUUUACUAAAUUCUUCAGAGUACCCAUUUGAGAUUGUUCAUGAUUUCAUAUUUGAUAGAACAAGGUCUGUGAGACAAGAUCUUAGUAUACAGAAUUUGGUGAAUGAUCAAGCUAUUCGCAUAUAUGAGGACGUGAUAAAGUUUCAUAUUCUGUCCCAUCAAAGACUUGCGAGGUCUUGCCAGAAUUCUGAUGCAUCUUCCUUGUGUUACCUGAACACGGAACAAAUGAUGAAAUGCCUUCUUUCUCUGUUUGAUAUGUAUCAUACAAUUCAUAAAAUCAAUUCCCAAAGCAAUAAAGAGGCCGGGUAUUAUUCCUUCUUUGUGCUUCUACAUUUGGGUUGCAAGAUACCCAAUAUGGCAAACUCACUCUCUUUUUGGUACAGCCAAUUACCAGCUUCAAUAGUACGAUCAAAGGAAAUGAUAUUUGCUAGAACUAUAUUGAGAUGCUACCACCUUGGGAAUUUCAAGCGUUUCUUUUGCAUGAUAGCAGCUGAAGCAACCGAGCUUCAGUUGUGUUUGGUAGAACCUUUCCUCAAUGAGACUAAGCAAGGAUGAGAAUGAUGUUGUCAUACAGAUGAAUUGCUCUUACGAUGUCAUGAUCAUCGAGUUUUUGAAUGGCCAAAAGUUUGUCCAGCUUGCUUCUCUAGAGCCUGCUAAAACAAAAGGAGAUGAGCUUUUUAAAUAGGCCAACAAGUCAGACAGAUGACUAGUACAAGAAAGCUAAAUAGGCCAACCUAUGUUCUAGUACUCUCUACUCACAACAGUUCGCUCAGCGAAUUACAACAUUCAAAUACACACAGAUGCAACGACUAGAAGUCAUCGUUCAAAGCAAGAUCAUUUCCACACCCAAAAAUUACCAGGAUUAUCCCUUCAUAUGCGAAACAUUGGCGAGGAUAGCGAGGACCUGGACACGUGUGGCGCCACUAAGCAAUGUGAUAAGGACAUCUACAAUAGUUCAGACAAUUAAUCUCUCUAUGACACCUACAGACAGUGAUAUAUACAAAUCAUACAGUAAUCUAUCUAUGAACAACAAGAUAUACUAGUACGUAUGUGGAAAAAAAUAAGUGCAGAAAUCUUGCAAGCAAAUAUGCUUAGACAUGAAACAACCAGAUUAAUUAAUGGGGGUGCUCUGCAAGCAAGUGAUAAGAUGAAAAAAGUUACAUGUAUUAUGUAUCUCUACUCCUAAUGUCUCAGUCCGUAGGCCGUUCGUUGGUUUCGUUCGUUUCCCACCAAGCGAUCUCCCUCCCACCGAUUUUCCCCCUCCCUCCGAAAACCAACAGUGGUUUUAAUUCAUCACCAAACCCACACGUCCCAUGUUAAAAAAAACCAAACCAACCCUUCCAUCCUUCCAGCGAUCGCACCCUUCCAUAUAAGGCACCAAUCAAAUCAUAUCGAAUGGUGGGUUUAAAACCUUCCAUCCAAAACAUAUCGCAUCACGAAAAGCUUUCAUAAACAACAACAAUGAAAUCGCAUUGCAAUCAAAUAUUUUCGCUGUUUCUGUAGAGAAUGAUUUGGUGCGUCGAUAAUUGAUUGAUCGUGCACUAGGCACAUAUAUAUAGGUACAAGGGGUGCGACCGGUAUCUUGUCUCCUAAGAUACACGUACAUACAGAGGGAGACAGAUACAACAGGCACUGCAUACAGGACCCAGACCUACGUACAUGUACACAUGUUCAACACCCCGCGCAGUCGAAGCGUCGCCGGUGACACAAAGACUGGACCGAAAGCCCUUGAAAGUCGAGGUGGGUAGUCCCUUCGUCAUUACAUCGGCGAACUGCUGAUCGGUGGGCACAUGUAGAACACGAACACGACCAAGUGCAACGUGCUCCCGGACGAAGUGGAUGUCGAGCUCGAUGUGCUUCGUCCGUCGAUGAUGGAUAGGGUUGGCAGCGAGGUACACCGCGGAGACGUUAUCGCAGUAGACGAGCGUCGCCUUGGUGACCGCACAUAGCAACUCCUGAAGUAGCUGUCGUAGCCAUGAACACUCCGCGAUGGCGUUGGCUACGGCGCGAUACUCGGCCUCGGCGCUCGAUCGUGAGACCGUGGGUUGUUGUUUAGAUGACCACGAAAUCAGAGAGGGCCCGAGGUAGACACAGUAGCCGGAAGUGGAGCGUCGAGUGUCGGGACACCCAGCCCAGUCGGUGUCGGAGUAGGCGACAAGGCUGGUGUCCGGCGAGGCCGUCAGGGUGAGACCCAUGGCUGUGGUGCCACAUAUGUACCGAAGUAUACGUUUCACGAGAGCCCAAUGGGUGUCACGAGGAGUGUGCAUGUGAAGGCACACCUGCUGGACAGCAUACUGAAUGUCCGGACGCGUCAGUGUGAGGUAUUGAAGCGCACCGACGAUGGAGCGGUAGAAGGGAGUGUCGGACGCUGGAGAGCCCUCGACGGAGGACACCUUAGCCUUUGUAUCGACAGGCGUGGAAGCAGGCUUGCAGUUAAGCAUGCCCGCUCGCUCCAGAAGCUCGUAGGCGUACUUCUGCUGGUGCAGGAAGAAGCCAGUAGCCCGACGCACGACCUCGAUGCCGAGGAAGUAGUGGAGAGCCCCCAAGUCCUUGUGGGUGAACUCGGUGCCGAGGCGAGCUGUGAUCUGCUGAAGAAGCGCUGGCGAGGACGCAGUCAGGAUGAUGUCAUCGACGUACAGUAGGAGGUACGCGGUGGCAGGGCCCUAGUGGUAGACAAACAGGGAGGCAUCGGACCUUGUGGACCGGAACCCCUGCUGCUGGAGGAAGGCCGCGAUCCGCUGGUACCAGGCCCGAGGUGCCUGCUUCAACCCGUAUAGAGAACGGGAGAGCAAGCACACGUGGUCCGGAUAGGCAGUGUCGACGAAACCAGUCGGCUGCUAACAGAACACCUGCUCGUCGAGAUGACCAUACAAGAAAGCAUUAGACACGUCGAGCUGGUGAACAGGCUGAGCGCGAGAAACAGCAAGCUGGAGAACAACGCGAAUCGUGUCCGGUUUGACAACCGGGGCGAAGGUGUCGGUGAAGUCCACGCCGGCGCGCUGGCGAAAGCCGCACACCACCCAACGCGCCUUGUAGCGCUCGAGAGAACCGUCGGGGCGAGUCUUGUGGCGGAAGACCCACUUGCAAGUGAUGACAUUGGCACGGGGUGGCCGCGGGACAAGCUGCCAUGUGCGGUUGCGCUGUAGGGCGUCAAACUCCUCACGCAUCGCAGCUAGCCAGUUCGGAUCCCGAAGGGCUGCGCGAGCAGAGGUGGGGAGCGGGGACGGUGUCGAGGUAGAAGUCGCGCACGCGUACUCGUCCGACGGGUAGCACGUGCUGGGACACAGCGUCCCAGUCCGAGCCCGAGUGACCACACCGAUGAGGGGUGCGGCCGCAGUGCCGGGGGCCGCGGCGACGGGAGCC